CUUCCACAUACUAGAAGAUCUAGCCUCUUCUUUUUCUUGUGUUUGGUACUGGAGAAACUUGAUCUUCUCAGGGAUUUUGUCUUGCUUUCUGUGGAGAUAUGGAGAUGUUGGAGCGCGUGACCGAGUUUCCUCACACGCACAUGGAUCGCCGGCCGAGGAAGAGGCCGCGUUUGGGAUGGGAUGUUCUUCCUCAGGCUUCAAAGGCUCAGCUAGGGAUGUUUUGUGGACAAGAGGUUGGGAAUGUGGCAAGCUUUGCACCUUCAAAGGCACACUCCGACCAAACUACUAGUUCUAUGUUUGUAAAGGGAGUAGCUCGAAAUGGUUCUCCCCCAUGGCGAGAAGAUGACAAAGAUGGCCAUUACAUAUUUGCGCUUGGAGAAAAUUUAACUUCUCGCUAUAAGAUCAACAGCAAGAUGGGCGAAGGAACCUUUGGUCAGGUUUUGGAAUGCUGGGACAGAGAGAGGAAGGAAAUGGUUGCCGUCAAAAUUGUCCGUGGUAUUAAGAAGUAUCGUGAGGCUGCCAUGAUUGAAAUUGAAGUCUUACAACAGCUUGCUAAACAUGACAAGGGUGGCAAUCGUUGUGUGCAAAUACGGAACUGGUUUGACUAUCGUAACCAUAUCUGUAUUGUGUUUGAGAAGCUUGGACCAAGCUUAUACGAUUUUCUACGGAAAAACAAUUAUCGCUCAUUUCCCAUUGAUCUUGUCCGUGAGAUUGGCAGACAACUGUUGGAAUGUGUAGCAUUUAUGCAUGAUUUACGCCUCAUACAUACGGAUUUGAAGCCUGAGAAUAUACUUCUAGUGUCUCCAGAAUAUGUUAAAGUUCCAGACUACAAGGUUUCAUCGCGUUCACCCAAGGAUGGUUCUUACUUUAAGAGAGUACCAAAAUCAAGUGCUAUUAAAGUGAUUGAUUUUGGAAGCACAACAUAUGAGCGACAAGAUCAGAACUACAUUGUAUCAACACGGCAUUAUCGUGCGCCAGAGGUUAUUCUUGGGCUUGGAUGGAGUUAUCCAUGUGAUAUAUGGAGUGUUGGAUGUAUCUUGGUGGAGUUAUGCACGGGAGAAGCAUUGUUUCAGACUCAUGAGAAUCUGGAGCACCUUGCCAUGAUGGAAAGGGUGUUGGGUCCACUACCGCAGCACAUGUUGAAGAGAGUAGACCGACAUGCAGAGAAGUAUGUACGAAGGGGUAGAUUGGACUGGCCAGAAGGUGCGACUUCAAGGGAAAGUAUCAAAGCUGUUCUCAAGCUACCUCGCCUUCAGAACCUAAUAAUGCAGCAUGUGGACCAUUCGGCUGGAGAUCUAAUACAUCUGUUGCAAGGUCUUCUUAGAUAUGACCCCUCAGACCGAUUGACAGCCCUUGGAGCCCUAAGGCAUCCCUUCUUUACAAGGGAUCACCUCAGGAGGUCUUGACUUUGAGAGCACAUUGAUCAGGAUGCAUUGCUGGACAGAGACUUUUGACGGAGAGCACAUUAACCACAAAGUUCCUUUUGGUGAUGUAGAGCCCAAGUUUACAAGAGGCUCUCUGCUCGUGUAAAUAUGUCCAUUUUUAUACAAGAUGAAAGAUUAGUCCCCAUCAUCUCUCAAAAAUGUAAUCAGCCUUUGGUUCCUGUCCAAUUUCCUUAAAAAUGUUGGGGCUAUUCUAGCCAAGACAAUUCUCAAAUGUUGUACAACCAUGAAUUUCACUAACCAAUCCCUAAUUAAUGUUAGAUGAAAAGUAAUUCCUUGAUUUUCA